AUGUCACACCCGCCGGGCCAUUCGGGUCCAGCACCACCUUCAUACGACGACGAGCCACCCUCUUACGGAUACAACGAGAGCGUGUUGACGUACGAUACAAACGAUGGUUUACCUCACCCAGUGUCCGAUCACGGCCCGCAAGAUACGUCGACGAUGCGACUGCUGCCUUCGGAAGGUAGUUUUGUGGACGACAACCUUGACAGAUAUUCAGCGGAGGCAGAUGUCGAUGGGGCGCAUUAUAGAGACGCGCAGUUUGAAGCCCCACACCGCCGACUGUAUGUACACCCAUGUGUUGAAUCUUCUAUUUCCCAUUCAGAUCCCUCCCCGCCGUUAAAGAAGGAUACCGCGGAGCAACCAUCCAAGAAGGUGCCGGAUACUGGUCAGAGGAAGUCAAAUCUAUCGCAGGGAUAUUCUACAAUUCGGUUUUGCUCUACUACCCCGGAACUAAUUUCACAAUGCUCCAGCUCAACACUAUCUCAGGCCAGAUCUAAGGAUGGAACUAGGCUCCCGAAAGGAAAAACGGUCCAUUGGAAGGCGCCCGCAGCCUCUGGUAUCCCGAUAAAAAGCUCCAAAACUGGAAUUGCCUAUGAUCCUCUAAUGGUUCCUCCUCCGCUUCGAUUGACAACGCCCAAACCAGCUGUAAAACCGAGGCCUGGAGCCCAUCUGGAUUCGAUUACCCGCAGUGGACUGUUAUCGGGCCAAAACCGGAUGGGACUUCCCAGUGUCCAAGAGCCGAUUUCAGAAGAUAUAGCUAACAAUUUACAAUAUAGAAGUUCUGUUUCGGCGGCUCGAUCAUCGCGAUACCAGCCGCUCCAUCACCAAAACUACUCGACAACGUCCUUUGCGCCCUCUCGAUCUCCAUCACGCCUUAGUAACGCGCCGAGCAUUCCACCCCCAAACGUUUCCCGAGAUGCUACACAACGCCCCGGAUCACCUAACCGACCUUGGUCACCAUCGCGAGGCGCCGAAUGGGCGAGACAAGCGGGCCCAGCUACAGGCUUAAAUUAUGAGCCUGCGGAUAUUAAUGGCAGCCCGCGCCCUGGUACCCCAAGCUCUCGAUAUGGCGGCAGCCCGCAGCGACCUCUUCCGCCGGCACCGUUAUUUUCAGGGCCAGCACCGGUAUCAUCAGCUGGUGAAGCUGCAAUCAAUAUCGGCGAUGGAGGAAUCAACGACGACCCCUUUGGAGGAGAUGGGAGGACAAUCAACCCAAAACGAAGUUCUCGGGGGAGUGUAAAAUCGUAUGGCUCUUAUAUGAGCGAAUCUACAGUGGUCACAGAAGAUAAAGAAACAAUGAGAAAAAUUGAUCUCGAGGAUGACCAUUCAGAAAGUAAUUUUGACCCGAAUCUUCACUAUGGACCUGCUCCCACGGGCCGUCAAGACCGCAGAGGUGUAAGGCAAGCUCAAAUGACCAAGAAAGAGGUCAAGUUGAUCAACGGUGAGCUUGUCUUGGAGUGCAAGAUUCCGACCAUUUUACACAGCUUUCUCCCUCGUCGAGAUGAUCGCGAAUUCACUCACAUGCGGUACACGGCCGCAACCUGCGACCCAGACGACUUUGUGCCUCGAGGAUAUAAACUCCGCCAGAAUAUGGGCACCACCACGCGCGAAACGGAAUUAUUUGUCUGCAUCACCAUGUACAAUGAAGACGAAAUCCACUUCACGCGUACCAUGCACGGUGUGAUGAGGAAUAUCUCCCAUUUCUGCUCCAGAAUGAAGUCGAGAACCUGGGGAAAGGAUGGCUGGAAGAAAAUCGUGGUCUGUAUCAUUGCGGACGGAAGACAAAAAGUGCAUCCGCGGACGCUCAAUGCCCUGGCGGCGAUGGGCGUGUAUCAAGAUGGCAUUGCGAAAAACAUCGUUAACCAAAAGGAAGUUACGGCUCAUGUUUACGAGUAUACGACGCAGGUCUCGCUGGACUCUGACCUGAAAUUCAAGGGUGCAGAGAAGGGAAUCGUGCCCUGCCAGAUCAUCUUCUGCUUGAAGGAGCGUAACCAGAAGAAACUUAAUUCUCAUCGAUGGUUUUUCAAUGCCUUUGGGCGCGCGUUGACGCCGAACGUUUGCAUUUUGCUCGACGUCGGCACCAAACCAUCGCCUACCGCUUUGUACCAUCUCUGGAAGGCAUUUGAUCAAGACUCGAAUGUCGCUGGCGCCGCCGGCGAAAUCAAGGCCGGCAAAGGCAAAGGCUGGGUGGGUCUAUUCAACCCCCUGGUCGCGUCGCAGAAUUUCGAGUAUAAGAUGUCGAAUAUCUUGGACAAGCCCCUGGAGUCGGUCUUCGGCUACAUCACUGUGCUUCCUGGUGCGCUGAGUGCCUAUCGAUACCACGCACUGCAGAAUGAUAGCACAGGCCAUGGGCCCCUGAGCCAGUACUUCAAGGGAGAGAUGUUGCACGGGAAAAAUGCAGACGUUUUCACGGCUAAUAUGUACUUGGCUGAAGAUCGUAUUCUGUGCUGGGAAUUGGUAGCGAAGAGAGAGGAUCAAUGGAUUUUGAAAUUCGUGAAGAGCGCUGUGGGGGAAACUGACGUGCCAGAUACUGUCCCUGAGUUCAUCUCGCAGCGACGACGUUGGCUUAAUGGUGCCUUUUUUGCGGCAGUCUACUCCCUCAUUCAUUUCCGUCAAAUCUGGAAAACAGACCAUACCGUAAUGCGGAAAAUACUUCUACAUAUUGAAUUCGUUUAUCAGUUUGUGAGCUUAAUAUUUACCUUCUUUUCUCUGGCAAAUUUCUAUAUAACUUUUCAUUUUAUUGCCGGCGCUUUGGCUGCCAAAGAGGUGGAUCCAUUUGGGCAUAAUAUCGGACAAAUAAUUUUCGUUGCACUGAGAUAUGCUUGUGUCUUGCUAAUAUGUCUACAAUUUAUCUUGUCUAUGGGUAAUCGGCCUCAGGGUGCAAAGAAAAUGUUCUUAUCCAGUAUGAUUGUGUACAGCAUCAUCAUGGUGUACACGACGUUUGCCGCGCUGUACAUGGUAGUAAUGCAGCUCAAGUACCGCGACGCCAAAGACAAGGAGCUGAAACUGGGCAACAACAUCUUCACAAACAUCAUCGUGUCCACACUCUCAACGGUCGGGCUCUACUUCAUCAUGUCCUUCAUGUACCUCGACCCGUGGCACAUGUUCACGUCAUCGGCGCAGUACUUCGCGCUGCUGCCCAGCUACAUCUGCACGCUGCAGGUAUACGCGUUCUGCAACACGCACGACGUCACGUGGGGCACCAAGGGCGACAACGUGAUCCACACGGACCUGGGCAUCGCGCGCACGACGGACUCGUCGACGGUCGAGCUCGAGAUGCCGUCCGAGCAGCUGGACAUCGACAGCGGCUACGACGAGGCGCUGCGCAACCUGCGCGACCGCCUCGAGGUCGCCGCGCCCGAGGUCUCCGAGGCCCAGAUGCAGGAGGACUACUACCGCGCCGUGCGCACGUACAUGGUCUCCGUGUGGGUCGUCGCCAACGCCGUGCUCGCCAUGGCCGUCAGCGAGUCCUACAGCAACAAGCAGGUCGGCAGCAACGGGUACCUGGCCUUUGUGCUGUGGGCCGUCGCCGGCUUGGCUGUGUUCCGCGGUCUGGGCUCCACGGCUUUUGCUGUCUUGAAUAUCGUGCACAAGGUGGCCGAGGGCAAGAUGAAGUUCUCCCUGGGGUCGGGAUCGUCGUCGUCUUCGUCGUCUGCGGGCUCCGGCUCGGGCGGGAGUAGUGCGGGCGGUGGGAGUAAUGUGGGCUAUAUGCAUCGGAACAUGGGUGAGAAGGUCAAGGAUUUCUUUAGUGAGAUGGGGUGGAAUAUGAAGAGAAGAGUGGGUAAGCUGGCAUUUUGGAGAAAGUGA